GAAUGUAUCCUAGUCUUGGUCUUUGCAAGGCUCUUUACAAACUGCCAACUUCACUUUGUCCGGUUUUGAAUUGCAUGGCCUGAGAGACUCAGCAGGCCUGGAAUAUUCUAUGUGACCACUUGGCUCAUUAUUAUGAAUUCCGGGCCUUACACAAACCUGCUCCUGAGCGCACCCGCACCCGCACACGCACACUGGCCUUACUUCCGGCAAGCACUUUACUGAACUAUCAUAAUCAAUGUGUUCACACAAAUGAACAAACAAAUCAACAAAAACACCUCUGGUAGGCGAAGCCCUAGAAACGGUAGGACUUUGGAGGCAGUGUUUCCUGGUAGCCUGUGAACCUAUUGAUUAGUCCUUCAGGACUCUCCGUGGGAAACACCGGGAAGAAAUGUGAGGGGCAGGCUGGGGAGAAGGGAGAAGGGGUCGGGUGGGACUUCAUUCCCAGGACAGUGCCAGGGCCCAGAGGGAGCGCGCGUCGCCGGCGCGGAGACUCAGAGGCCAGAGGGGACCACAGAACUACAGACAGUGAAGGAAGGCAGGGAGGGCAGCGGGCAGCAGGGAGAUAAAAAGAGGGAGGCGGAGCCGCCCAGGCGGGCGGGCGGGAGCGGAGGCGGCGCCGCAGCCCCAGCCGGCCGGCCGGGCGAGGGCGAGCGCCCGGCUCCGCGCUGCCCCUGCUCUCCGCACUCGCUCUGCUCGCAGCCACCUAACGGCCCGCGGCGGGGACAGGUCCUGGAGAGUUUGCCCCUCCCCGCAAGUUUCCUCCCGGAGUCCGGCUCCUGCAAAAGCGCUACCUGCAGGCGUCCAGCGGCGGCCGCUUCUGAGGUUAAUUUAUGGAAUGAGAAGAAGAGAAAAGAUUGAAGCUUUAUGGAAAAACAAGUUGUGUGAUCUUCUGAUUCAGAAAUGAGGGGAAAUGCAGCCAUCUGAAUGGUCAUGAACCCCAAACAGGUCUUCCUCUCUGUGCUGAUAUUUGGAGUAGCAGGGCUACUCCUCUUCAUGUAUCUUCAAGUCUGGAUUGAAGAACAACAUACAGGGAGAGUAGAGAAGACAAGAGAAAGAAAAGCAACUUCAGGAUGGGGGCCUAUGAGUUAUCUGCAACCUGUACCCAGAAUCAUGACUACAGAAAAAACCCAAGAACAUACCACCAAGCAGCAGAAAACCGAGUUCCACAUGCCUGAGAAUCUGAAGGAGAAAAAGGAAAAUCUACUCAAUUCUGAAAGGUUUGCUAGGGUCUUAACAAAGACCAGUCACUCACAGGGAGGAGAUCAAACUUUGAAUAAGAUCAUGGAGUCUCCAACAAAUAAGUUGAUUGAAAAACAUCAAGGAACUAAGACUCUUUUCAAGAAGUUCAGUGAGCUGAAUUGGCCCUCGGAUAUCCGCCCUUUAAAUAAAAGUUUAGUCAAAGAUGACAAAUGGAAGAAAACUGAUGUGACCCAAGAAAAGCGCAGGUCUUUCCUACAGGAAUUUUGCAAGAAAUAUGGUGGAGUGAGUCAUCCUCAAUCACAUGUUUUUCAUAUGGUAUCCAGGAUCUAUGUAGAAGACAAACACAAGAUCUUGUACUGUGAAGUACCAAAAGCUGGCUGUUCCAACUGGAAAAGAAUUCUGAUGGUCCUAAAUGGAUUGGCCUCUUCUGCAUACAACAUCUCCCAUGAUGCUGUUCACUAUGGGAAGCACUUGAAAAAGCUAGAUAGUUUUGACUUGAAAGGAAUAUACACUCGCCUAAAUACCUACACCAAAGCUGUAUUUGUUCGUGAUCCCAUAGAAAGAUUAGUGUCAGCGUUUAGGGACAAAUUUGAACACCCCAAUAGUUAUUACCAUCCAGUAUUUGGAAAGGCAAUUAUAAAAAAAUACCGACCAAAUGUUUGUGAAGAAGCAUUAAUUAAUGGCUCUGGAGUCAAAUUCAAAGAGUUCAUCCACUAUUUACUGGAUUCCCACCGUCCAGUGGGAAUGGACAUUCACUGGGAAAAGGUCAGCAAACUCUGUUAUCCAUGUUUGAUCAAGUAUGAUUUUGUAGGAAAAUUUGAAACUUUGGAAGAAGAUGCCAAUUAUUUUUUGCAAUUGAUUGGUGCUCCAAAAGAUCUGAAAUUUCCAAACUUUAAAGAUAGGCACUCUUCUGAUGAAAGAACCAAUGCCCAAGUUGUGAGACAAUAUUUAAAGGAUCUAACCAGAACUGAGAGACAGUUAAUCCAUGACUUUUAUCACUUGGACUAUUUGAUGUUUAAUUAUACAACUCCAUUUUUAUAGCUUGCCACCAUUUCUAAACCCUGUAUUUACUUAAUGAUGAUGGCCUCACCUCAGCUGCUGUAAUUUUCCUAUAUAUCUUUGUAUGAAGGAAACUUAACUAAGUACAAUUUUCUUGAUUUAAUGAAGAUUUUUAUCAAACAGUAUGACAACACUUGGCACAAAGCUAUAGGAAAAUCACUUAACAAAGACAUGUGAACAAUUUGAAGUGCUCUAAAAUGUUUGGGAAAAAGCUGCUUUUGCAUUAUGGAUUAUAUUGGUGAAGCAAUAACUUAGCAAGCUAUUACAUUAACUAAAACAACCUCUUGCAAUGAUAGGAAAAGGGGUCUAACAUAGCACGAAUGUAUACCCAUAUCCUGGAAUUCAUUCUCCAAAGUGCAUGAAUAUACUUUUUAACAGUCUAUAGUAUAUUAAUCAAAUGAUUGCAUAGUUUUUCUUAUACUUGGAAAUCUUUCUAUCACUUGUAAUGAUAAAUCCAUUUUGAAAUUAUAUUUUGGACUUGGACAUUUUGCUUUAGGUUGGAAGAUAUUAUGUGAUUUACAAUAAGAUAAUAUAGCAGAAAACAACAACCAAUAAAAAAUGUACAACCUACCAAGAUCAAAGCAGCAAAGGCAACCAUCCUCAUCCAAAACACUUAAGGGAACUGAUUCUGUUUUAUUUUGAGCCCUCCACAAAGAGACAAAAUGAACACAACUGCUAAAGGUCUUCAUUUCUGCUUCAUCUGAAGCAGGCAGUUGAGAAGUUUAAGCCUCAUCAGAUAAAAAUGUGCUCCUAAUUCUGCUUUAAUUGGGCAGUGGGAAAUUGUUUCAGGAUGGAAUAAUCAUCAAAAACAAAAGUUGCCAUUCUGAAUAUAGACCUCAAACAAUAACAAAGUUUUAUAAGAAUAUUAUUUGAAUCAAAGCAUCAUGUGCAUAAGUUUAUAUGUGGAACACACUCUAAGAAUAGCUUUUGUUUUUACUGUAAUUAUUCAGCUUGGGAAUGACUUUUUAAAAACUAAUAUACAACUUCAAAGAUAGGUUAUGUUCUAAAGGGUAAACAUAAUAAGAGCCUCUAGAAAUGUUUUUAAUAGGCUUAUGUAUAAGCAAAUUAAGGUAUUUUCUUUUUAAGUUUAAAUAUUCUAUACUAACAAAGUCAAAUACCAUUGCACUCAAAUAUUAAAUCAAAGUCUCUGGAAAAUAGGACCAUGUGUCACCCCUAUGAAAAGUUGUAAUGCACUUUGGAAAUUUUUUCCAAGCAGGCGUAAGUUAGAAGAUGCAUUUGGAUGGGAAACUUGUUUUCAAUGAUUGACUAUUACUCUGAUUUAAGCAAAUCACAUGCCAUUCGACCCCUGUUUAAAUGCUUUGCUUGAACAUAUUCUUCUUCCUAAGCUAUUUUUUAUCAGUAAGUGUUCAGUAAAACUUCUCUGAAAGAAAAGUAGGUAUUAGUAUUUGAAUAUUAAUAGACCACGGUAGUUACAGUUAUACUUAUUUUAUUUUGAUUUUCCAUUUCAUGGCUGAGUAUUCAAGAAUUGCUUCAGUCUUUACACACCCCUGCCCUGUCCCAUCUGUGUCUCCUAAGGAGUGAGUAAACUGCAGUGGACUGAGAGAUCCUAAGUAUUAAACCUUCUAAAAAACCUUUUACUACUUUCCACUCCAUUUACUCUUGCCGCUAGACCAUAUACUGAAGCUGUGCUCUCUGUUUCUGAGGAGUUUUAUCCUAGAGUAAUUUAAAUUACAUAAUUUAAACUUCUGCUAUACCAUGUAGAAUGGAUUCUUAGUAACUUAGACACAUUGAAAUUAUCCUUUUGUGAAGUGAGAGAAUAUAAAAUAUUCCAAGAAGCCUUAAAUUUUAUUCCUAAACUAAAAAAAAAAAAAACUAGUUUUAGAUGAAAUCUGCUAAAAAGACAAUUUUGUCUCAAAGGUAUUUCUAAAGCCAUAUAAGGAACAAACAAAAACGUUUCUCUUUUCAUAGCUUUAGAAAGAAAAAAAAUAGAAACAAGGAUCCUGCCUCUUUUAUUAGCAUUUCUAAUGCAUUGGGGAAAAUAGAAUACAUAUACAUAUAUAUGCAUAUGUGUAUAUAUAUGUAUAUCACUUUCUCUCUCUAUAUGUGCAUAUGAUGUUUUGAUUUUGAUGAUGAAGAGGAUGAGUGAGAGGAAUAAAAUAUGAUAAACAAUGCUCUCCUUCAAAACUUAUUCUGGGGCUGGCGCCGCGGCUCACUAGACUAAUCCUCGGCCUGCGGCACCAUCGCCCCGGGUUCUAGAACCGAUCGGGGCGCUGGAUUCUGUCCCGGUUGCUCCUCUUCCAGUCCAGCUCUCUGCUGUGGCCCAGGAAGGCAGUGAAGGAUGACCCAGGUCCUUGGGCCCUGUACCCGCAUGGGAGACCAGGAGGAAGCACCUGGCUCCUGGCUUCGGAUCGGCGCAGCGCGCCAGCUGUAGCGGCCAUUUGGGGGGUGAACCAAUAUAAAAGGAAGACCUCUCUCUCUCUCUCUCUCUCUCUCUCUCUCUCUCUUUCUCUCUCUCACUGUCUAACUCUGCCUAUCAAAAAAAUAAAAAAAAAAAACAACUUAUUCUGGAGCAGGUUUUUGUCCUAGCAGUUAAGACACUAGUUAAGAUUUUUGUAACCCAUGUCAGAGUGCCUGGGUUCAAUUCUUGGUUCUGGUGCCUGUUUCCAGCUUCAUGUCGAUGCAGACUCUGGGAAGAGUGGUGAUGGUUUAAGUAACUUGUUUCCCACCACCCACGUGGAAUACCUGGAUGAAGUUCCUAUCUCUUGACUUCAGCCUGGUCUAGUUCCAAUCAUUUGCAGACAUUUGAGGAGUGAUCCAGCAAAUGAGAGCUUUUGUGUUCUCUCUCUCUUUCUCUCUCUCUCUCCUUUAUAUUCUCUCUCUCCCAAAUAAGUAAAAAAAUUGUUUUAAAGUUAUUGUGUUAAUUAUUCUGUUAACUUUUACUAUUCAAUUUCAUUUUCCAUAUUUCAGUCACUCAUGAUUAUCCACAGGCUGAAAAUACUAACUGGGAAGUUCCAGAAAUAAGUAAUGUAUCAGUUUUUAAAUCGCAUACUAUUUUGAGUAGAAAAAUGAAACAUGACACUGUCCCAUACCAUCCCACCUGGAUUUGAAUUAUCCCUUGGUCCAAUGUAGCCAAACCUAAUACACUACCCACCCAUUAGUCACUUAACAAUUUCAGUUAUCAGAUCAACUGUCAUGGUGUUGCAGUGAUUGUGUUCAAGUAACACACAGUAGCCCAGUGCUGUGACUGAGCAAUCUUCCACUGCUUUCUCAGGCCAUAAGCAGAGAGCUGGAUGGGAACAGGAGCAACUGAGACUCGAACCAGUGCCCAAAUGGGAUUCUAAUGCUGCAGGCAGAGGCUUAGCCUACUAUACCACAGCACUGGCCACUAGAUGAUUUAUUUUCAAGUUGGUGCCAAAGAAUGCAGUCUUCAUCCUAGAUUCCUUGUGAUUUUAAAUACCUACUCCUCAAAUAUGCGCUGAACUAUCCUGCUCACAUUUAACUUUGUCAUUUCUGCCAGUGUAGAAAUCCAGGUGGGAUCAUCACUGUUCAUUUGGACACUCAACAAUUUGGUGAAUUUAGUUUCCUAAAGGCAAGAGACCAAAUGCAGACUUAUCCUCCAGAUGUCCAGUGAUUCUAUUUUAACACUAGCAUACUUUAGGUGUAAUUGUAAGUCCUCUAAUUAAACCCUAAGGAUCCUACUUGUUUUUUAUAGGCAGCGGUAACAUCAUGGCAGUCCCUUCACACUGUGAUUCCUCUGUCUGGAAUUACUAUUAAAGUAUCAAGUUUGCAAUUAAGUCCAAAACCACAGUUACCUAACCUGUUGAACUACCUAUAGACAUGCAUGUGAUGGUACCUAGAAGUUUCACAAAUUUCAGCUGAUAUAUUUGUACAGAACACCCGAUUUUCUGAGUUCUUCAAAUGUGUUUGGAAAUAUCCAUUAAGCCAAUGAAAAUGUGAGAGCACUUGCUCAAGUCUUUAGCUUCCUGGUCUAUAAAAUAUCCUCUAGCAAUUCAAAACCUGCUUGGAUGCCAUUUAUAAAUAGAAAGAAAAGACUUUUGCAUCUUAUACAUGAAAAAUUAUUUUUCUAAAAGCUGUUAUCUGCUAAAAAUUGUAGUGUUUAACAGAGAGAAAUAUGUAAGCAGAUUCAGAGAAUUUGGGAUAUGGGAGUUCCCUUUGAAAAGAUUGAUUGAUGAAUUAGCAGAACUUUCAGUUAGUAGGCUUGAGCUGUAGGAAACGUCUCCCUGCUAAGGGUUUUCCUUUAGCCUCUUGGGGCAUCUUCUGCCUCUAGGCCUUUAAGAGGCAUGGAGAAGCAAAACUUGCUCAUGGCUAACAUCACCAAUGUGUUCUGGUAUUUGAAGAAAGGUUGGCCAGAGGUGUUUAGUGGUAGCUCAAUCUCAUGAGACCUAUAGAACAAGGAUAACUUGGUCUAAUCCUACUGUUAGGAUCAUACUUGCUUAAGUGCAAUUGUAAUUAUUAUUACAUUCAUACAAAUCAAAAGGUAACAUGUCUCCAAUACUCACUUUGUAUUAGUAACUCUUUAAGUAUUUUACAUACAUUAACUUGUUUAACCUUCUUAACCAAUCUGUCUUAGAUGCUAAUAUAAGUCACUCCUUUCUUACCCAUAUAUAUUAAAGGAAACUAUUGCAGAAUAUGGUUGAGCAACUUUCUGAAAAAGACACAAUUGGCAAAUAGACAUGGAGUCAGAAUGAACCCAAGUUUCAAACACCACUAUUAAAUACUUUUCUUAGAAUAUUAUAAACUUGUUCUUUUCUUUCUCUUUUCCAUAUUCAAAAUAGCUAAAGAUUAAAUAUAUGUGAAUCUUAAAAUAUUUUAGAUUUAUAUAUGGAUGUGUAUUUGUCUAUUUAGCUUAUUAAUUAGUGCAUUUCAUAUCAGAUUAUUGCUUUAUUCCUGCUGAGUUAAACUGACAGUUUUAAACAUUUUGGAAGAAACCAGGACCCUCUGCCUACUUUAUUAUGAAACACAAUAUUUUUAAAAAGAGAUAAAAAGUUCCUGGAACAAAUUUAGCCUAUCAAAAACCAAAAUGUCAUUUUGACAAGGAAUUCUGGACAACUUCAAGCAUAGUCAAGGUCAAGAGUAAUAUAAUUGAGGAGGAAGAAAGUGCAGGUCAACUUUCCACAUGUUAGCCCUCAACAGCUACUGAAGGUGGUCACAGCCCAUCAACUGAGUCACAACCAAGCAUCUAUGCCUCUUGAUAGACUUAGAAAUGUGCUUCGCCUUCUUUCUUGAUUUUUCUUUUCCAGGACCAAUUUAAUAGCCAAAUAACACUAACCUGACCCCAGAAGAUUAUAGAAAACAAUGAAGGAGAGGUAGGCAUUUGGCGUGUCUGCUGUUAAGACACAGCUUGGGACACUGCUAUCCCAUAUUGGAGUGCCUGAGAUUGAGUCCUGGCUCCACUCCGAAUUCCAGCCUCCUGCUAAUGCAUACCCUUGAAGGCAGCAGGUGAUGCUUCACGUACUUGGAUCCCUGCUGCCCAUGUUGGAGACCUAUAUUGAGUUCCCAGCUCCUGGCUUCAGCUUAGCCAAGCUCUAACUGUUUCAGAUGCUGGGGAGUAACUAGUAGAUGCAAAAUCUCUCUCUUUCUCCUCUCUCUCUCUCUCUCUCUCUCUGUAUGUGUGUGUAUGUGGGUGUGGGUGUGGGUGUGUCUCAAAUAAAAUGAAAAUAAAUAAGUUACUUUAAAUAAAGAAUAGAGGGAGGGCUGUCCUUUGUGAUAUGCUGGGUUAUGCCACCCCCUCCAAUAACCAGUAUUUCAUAUCAGUGUGCCAAUUCUGUCCUGGCUGCUCCAAUUCUGAGCCAGCUCCCUGCUCAUGCACCUGGAAAAGCAGCAGAAGAUAGCUCAAGUACUUGGGUUCCUGCCACCCACAAGUGGCACCCAGACUGGCCUGGCCCAGGCCCAGCCAUUGUGGUCAUUGAGAGAGUAAAUUAAUAAAUGGAAGCGCGCUCUCUCUCUCUCUUUCUCUCCCUCUCUCCCUCUCUCCCUCCCCCCCACUUUGCCUUUCAAAUAAAUAAAAUAAAUAUUUUUAAAAAGAAUAGAGGAACAAAUGGACUUAAAUCAGCUGAAAACAGGUCCAGAUAAAUAAGCACUCAACUGGAAGAUAGCAGAAUUACCCUAGGCCUGUGGAACACACUGUCCAUGGAAGGCCAGGUCUAGAGACCAGCUGAAUAUUAUCUCACAUCACUCAGUUCCUAGAAUGGUCUAUUUAUCCCCAUCUUAAUUCUUCAAGACCAUAGCUUUCCAGGAAAACUUAUUCCUAUCCAGGUGAGCAAUCAUCUUUUCCCAUUUCUAGACCUCUACUCAAGUCUCACACUGUAUUUGGAAUGUUCUCCUCUCUGUGAAUUGGGACAUUCAUUUCGAGUUAUCUCACCAAGAAAUCUCCAGAUUACUGAAUUUUGACAUCUCGUCUCUUCCUGAGCUCUCUGAUUGGUGGAAAGAAGCAGAAUUAUGCCUCAGACUCUUCUUUUUCUACCAGCAAAUGUGAGCUUUCCUUCCCUUACUUUUAUUUUAUUCACUAUUUUUUCAUCUGUUAUUCAUUCCAUUUUAUAUUAAUACAAAUCUCCAUUAUUGUCAUUGAAAUAUACCUUGGGUCUCCCAAGAGGAAACUGUUUAAUUCACUUUGUACCAUUUCUAGCAAAACUCUGAAUGGGACAAGCUACUUCAGCAAGAGCUUUGGAUAUUGUACGUAGAUUAAGACUUCUUUGACAGCUUCUCUGCAUGUAUGAAGUGUACAUUUCUGCCUUAUAACAUUCAGGCAUCUAUAGGACCAGAGGACUUAAAGAGAAAGCACUACGAGAAUAGGGAUCUAAGUCAAGUGCCUUUUCUGCACUAAAAGCCACACCUUACCUAACAGAAUAAUUGUUGACAAAGUAGUCUUGUACAUUUCUGAGACAGUGUGUUUGCUUCUUUAGUCUUUGAAGAGACAUGUUUUAAAUGCAUGAGUCUAGUCAAUAUAAGAGCCAUCUACUGAACACCUACCGGGUAGCAGACACUGGAAAAAUAGCUUGCCAUAUAUUCACUUAGUGACAUGAAAAGUAUGUCUAAUCCUUUCUGUGAAAAUAAAAGUCAGGUCUUAUUCAAUCCACCAUCCUAUGAAUGAAAAAAUUUAAGGUCAGAAAGGUUUAAUGCCUAAUUCCAGAACCAGAACUGAGCCAAAAGUCUCUCUGGCUCCAAUGCAGAGACCACAUACUUGCUGCACAUAGGCCAGAUCUGGCCACAGAUAAUAUUUGGUUUGGCUCACAGGUGUCUCAUUUGUAGGGUUCUUUAUCCUCACUCGAGAAGCUGCUUGACAUUCUGUCCUAUAUCCAGUGGGAUUUUCACACCAUAUUUCAUUGUUUGAGGAAAUCUCUUGACCAACAACCAAGAUGUUGGGAGAAAUCCAGUAUGUUUCUUUGGCACGGUUCUGUCCUAGCCACUGGCUCCCCUUGGCAAUGACAUUCUUCCCACCAUCGUCAACAGAGAUGAGCCAUUCUCCCACGGCCUUGGAACCUCAGUGUAGAGGGACAGACACUGGCUCCCACUGCUGCCUCUAGACUGCUAUUCUGAAACCUUCCUUUAAAAGCCUGCCCUUUUUUAAGGGUGUCCCCACCACUCCUCAACUGAAAAUUCACUGCUUCUGAGCUUUCUUCUAUUUGGCUCAUAAUAUUCCUCUUUUCUCCAAUGGCUGCUGUUACCCAGCUGACUUUAGAUUUUCAGUGACACUCCUCUGUCCUUGCUUCACAGUGUGCUAACCUCCUGCUCCAUCCACUUAAACCAUUAGAGAACAGGAGGAAACAGAGACACAGCUCAUGGAAGGGAUAAACAUUACUCUUGCCUCCCAAAUGGCAGAAAACCUGUGUCAAAAUACUUACUACCUCAUUGCAUUCAUUGAAAUAUUUCUAUGGUUGAGAAAAAUGUUCUUCAGAAAUACUAUAAGCAGAAAUGCAAUGAGAACACUACAGGAUCUACCAGCUUUAAAUGACAGUAUUGUUAAGAUCACUGUAAUUAUCCUUAGGAAAAAGAUAAUAAACUCUGAUCUAACCUAUCAGUUACUCAGAAAUUAUUGCUUGCAUACCCCCCCCCCAUAGCAGAGUUAUCCUAAUUUUUUAAAAAAGUUCCUGGAUCCCAUUAAAGAUAUACUGAAUCCAAAUCUAUGUGAAAUCCACUUGGAAAUGUCCUUUUUAAUGAUCUCUUGGAGUGCCUCUUAUAUAGAUCAAAGUCGAGGCAUCACUUACAUGUGUGUGAUUUUUAUAACAUCCUGGUGGAUUAUAGGUGAUAAAUAAAGCUUGCUCUUUUUAUUCUGCCACUUUGUUGAAAAGUUAAAGACUCUCAGUGGGUAUUGGUACCAAAGUCCUCUGUGGGAUUUUGCCCAGCGUUGAAACAGAAAGUUGGCGUCUGAAGUCUGCCAAGUGCAAGAACUAGAGCUGAAAUGAUGAAGUGAGUUAUGGGGACAGCUCUGGGCACUGCCCAAACUUUUUGAAAGCUUUCAGGAUGAAAUGGGGAAAUGGAAACUUUCCCCUGUUUGAAACACAAAAGGCAAAUGUGGAUUGAAGGCAAUUUUGGCAAGUCAACUUCACACUGAACAAAGUGAAGACAAUAUGAGUUUCUCCAAUAAAAAAUAAAAGGCUGUUUUCAAAUUGACCUAAGAUGAUUGAAAAUGGAAAAUAUUUGCUAUUUGGGUUAUUAGUCUGAGAGCAAGUGCCCCAGGAAAUAUUUUGCAAUUUAACUUAAAUGGUAAGAAUGUACAUUUUCUUGGACUUCAUUAAAAAAUUUGUCUCCCUUUGCCUUUCUAGAAGGUUGAACUGUAUGACACUGCCAACAUUUGACCAGCUCUGACGUGCAAAACACAACCCUUUCAUAUGAUUCUGUUAAUAGUUCCAUUGCUCCUCACCCAAUUAUCACCACAUUAGCUCUCACCUGGACUAUUGAAUACAGUCUGAAAACGAGCCCUGCUUUUUCUUCUGUUUCAAAUCUCUUUUUUUUUGUUUUCUUUUCUUUCUUUAAGUUGUAGAACAUUACACAUAAUAUAGAAUUUACCAUUUUAUCAUGUUUAUGUGCACGGUUCUGUGACAUUGAGCACAUUCACAUUGUUGUGCAACCAUCACCAUCAUCCAUUCACAGAAUUAUUUUUUCAUCUUGAAUUGAAACUCUCCACUCUUUCCCCUUUCUGAGCGUCUAGCAACCACCAUUCCACUUUCAGGCUCUAUGAACUUAAGUUCUCUAAGUCCCUCAUCUAACUGGAAUUCUACAGCAUGUUUGCAGCUGGCUUAUUUCACUCAGCGUAAUAUCCUCAAGGUCCAUCCAUGUUGCAGCAUGUCUCAGCAUUUCUUUCUUUUCUAAGACUGAAGAAUACUCCAUUAGAUGCAUAACCUCUCCCUUCAAUCCACUCUAUACAUUUUAAAAAUAAACAUCCUGGGGCCAGCACUGUGGCACAGUGGAUAAAGCCACCACCUACAGCACCAGCAUCUCAUAUAGGUGCCAGUUCCUGAGUCCUGGCUGCUCCAGUUCCAAUCCAGCUCCCUGUUAAUGGGCCUGGGAAAGUGGCAGAGGAUGGUCUAACUGCUUGGGCCCCUGAACUCUUGUGAGAGACUCAGAAGAAGCUCCUGGCUCCUAGCUCCUGGCUUUGGAUAAGCCCAGCUCCAGUCCUGGCAACCAUUUAGAGAGUGAACCAGCAAAUUGAAGAUUCUGUGUGUGUGUGUGUGUGUGUUUCUCCUUUUCUCUAACUCUGCCUUUAAAAUAAAUAAAUAAAUCUUAAAAAAAAAAAAGAA